AAACCAGACAUGAGUGAUGGAGAAAGCGUAGCUGAUUUUGAUGCUGAAGUGGAUGUAGAUCCAACCAAUAUGACUCUAAGAAGCCGGGGAAGGAAUCCGCUGCAUGCGAGCCUCCUACAAUGAAGACUCAGACAGUGAUUCAAGUCUGCCUGAAGCCUUCCGUUUGAACUUUGAUCCUGCAGUCUCUACAUCAGCUGGAUUGGUGUUGUCUGGGGAGGGUUUACAAGAUGAUGAAAAGGAUUUGGGCAAGGAUUUGGGAGGAGCGGGAGCAGAUACAGCGCCAGCGCCAGUUGAUGGCAAUCCAGGUUCUGAUAAAGUGGCCCAUUCUACAGAUAUUGCUGAUUCAAGGAAGACUCCGGAUGUCCUGUCUGAAGCUGACAAUGAGAGCUACAUUUUGAUAGAACUGGAAUCGGAUGAUGAUGAUGAUGAUGACACAUGCUCAGGUGGGGCUGACUCUUCCACAGUUGUUGUCAAGCAAGAGUUGUCUACCUUCUCUAAGAGUGUGCAGUUUGCGAUCAAUCGUCUCACGCAGUUCAUGAUCCUAAAGAAAGUCAAGGAGCCAGCGUACACCAUUAUGCCUGAAAAACUUGAUCCUCUUCUGGCUGAGUUCUAUCUUCGACUGAGGAAAAAUGGUGGCCGAGAAUUCAUGUCCUCCAGCUUAAAGCAAAUCCAGAACUGUAUAGGAAUCUACCUUUCCACAAAUAGCUAUCCAUAUUGUAUCAAGAGUGACUCCAGGUUUGAGAAUUCUAGGAGAGUUAUGGAAAACAAACUCAAGCAUCUGAGAUCCUGUGAAGAUGCAAUUUUCACCAUGAGGUCUGAAGAUGUAGAUAAGCUUUAUGAAAUUGGACAACUUGGCAGCAAGUCAAUUGACAGUUUACUCAACACUCUGUGGUUGAUGAACACUGUCCACUUCUGCAUCAAGAGGCCAAAGGAGCAUAUCAGCUUGAAGUGGGGGGAGAUCAAACUUGGCCGAGAAAACCACCAAGAGUAUCUUGAGUAUGUGCCUUCAGGAAAGAUUGUUUGGAAGAGGCAUGACAAUCCUCAGAGGUGCUUUGUGACUCUGUACAAAAAAUAUAGAAGCCUAAGACCAGCUACAGCACAGAGCUCAGGCUCAACCUUCUAUCUAGCCAUUACUGACAAGAAAGAUGGAUUCAAGCAUCAGAAGUAUGGGGAAUACAAGAUGGCCAAUAUCUUCAAGAGGAUGCUGUCCAGUGCAGGUUUGCCUCCUGAGAUGAAGAUUUCCUGUCUGGAAAUCUUGUAAUGUGUGAUUUCAUGGUGGAAUGGACUGUUAUUUCUUUGCAGCUGAUGAUCUUUCAAAGACAUCUGUGUUCCUUUUCAGCAGUCUCUUGUUUGGAAGAUUAUAUAUUUUUUAACUCUAAAUGUUGAAUACUUGUGGAUGUUUCAGAGCUGUUAACAUUCAUUGUAUUUUUGGUAUUGUGAGAUUCGUUAGGUAUGUAGGUCGGAGAAGUGUUUAGCUUUGUCUGUGUACGUUUCACACAUAUUUGAUAUGAUGUCCUCUUAAGGGUUUCCCUUCCAAAACUGCUUAUUUGUUUAUUGUUGACAGAUGAAACCAGGACAAGAUGAAGUCCAUGAAGUGUCCAUUUCUGAAAUGGAGACACAUUUUCCUUAGUUUCAAAGAUUUAUUUAUUUUCAGGACUGUAGUGAAAGAAAGACUCUUUCAAAGCAGCUAGAUUUCUCUCAUCUAUGCAUGGAAAUAGUCUUUUGAGCUUGUUGGAGGUUAACCACAUUUUCAUAUAGUGCUUCUGUUUAAUUGUCUCGUCUGAGAAUGCAAUCUAGAUGAUUUUAGAUAUAUAGCUUUAUGUGUAUUAGUUUCGUUAUAAACAUGGAUGUGUUUGUAAUUGUCUCGUAAAAUUGAGAAGUACGUUUUUCUAUAACUAGCAGUAGAAUGUCUGCUAUUUUCACAAAAGACUUUUUUCAGCCUUAUCAUGUUGGUCAUUGCUUUGUAGGAAAAAAGUACCAUUGUCAACUUCAUUCGUCUGUCCACACUUGUGUAUGUUACAUGUUUGGUAUGAUUUAGGUGGUUUGUGAUUUUGUCACUGUUAUCAAAAGCCCUUAUGAUUAUCAAUGUUUCAAAGUAAUAUAUGAUUUUAUUGCAAGAUUUGUAUCCUACCAUGAUCUUAGUCCUGUUAUCAUCAUUAGAUGCUAUGAUUAGAAUAGUGUCUUACAAGUCUGCUGAAUGUGAAUUAGAGAUAGUUUAGAAUCCAUACGACCUCAUGAUGUCUUUUAACCGACCUCAUGAUGUCUUUUAACCUGCUAGUCCCGUUCAGUGGUCCACUUUCCGUCCUGUGUCCUUUUCGAGCUAAGACAUGAAAACAGCUGUCCUGGACACAUGUUUGAGAGUUGGACCUUCAUGAAACCUCAGUUUAGAAUCCAUGAGAUGUCAUGAUGUCUUUUAACCCACUGGUCCUGUUCAAGUCCUCCUGUGCCCUUUUUGAGCUAUGACAUGAAAACAGUUGUACUUCAUAGAUUGUCAGCAAGGGUCUUGUUUGUUGGACACAUUUUUUAGAGUGGGACCUUCUAAAUACAUUAAUAUGUAAUGGUUGUAAGCAACGACUGCUUUGAACAAACAUUCUCCAUAGCUGAGGCCAUGUUUUCUCAACACAAGUUUGACAAUAUCUUCUUUAUACAAUAAUAUUAAUAUCACAGGUGUAGAUUAAAUUUGCUUUUUGGAAACUUCCUUAAAUGCCUAGAUCUUGUCUUGCCACAAACAGUUUUGACAACAGGUACUUUAUAUGGUUGCCUGUAGGAUACAGGUGUAGGUUUAGAUUGCUUUGUGUGAACUUUACCAAGCAUAGGUCUUGUUUGCACAACGUAGUUUAGACGGUCUGACCUCCUAUACAUUGACAUGAAUAUACAGUGACAUGGAUAUAUAGUGACAUGAAUAUAGCACUUGUUGGUUAAGAUUGUUUGCACAACUCGGUUCUGUUGGACUCCAUGAAAUGAAUGGUCUCUAUUCUGAAUUGGGGAUUUGUGCCCAAUGUGAUUUUUUUCACAAUCAUUUGUUUCUUAUGUAAAAUAUUGAAUUCAAAAUAUAUACUGCAAUCAGUUAGAGCCGAGGCACAUCCCCACUUUUCCUUUUAUUAAAAAAAUUAUAUAUCUUUGGGAAAUGUGCAUGUUAUUCACUUUCAGAAAAUCAAGAUGUUUUUUCCUAUUCAUUAUGUCAUUUGGACUUGGAGAUAAGCCAUGGUGUCAUAAAUGCAGGAAAAUUCAAGUUUUGUUUAAUAUCUGUGCUUUAUCAGUUUCUUGUUCAGAUCGGUUGGCAGACAUUUUAGCAGCCACCUGUUUUAUAUAUAUGCAUGAUUCUUAGCAAACUGUGCUUUUGUUAUUGAUCUGAUUUAUGCACAGAAUAUCAUUGACCUAGUGUGAGAUGCAUGGUCUGAUGAGCAAGGACCAGAAUACAGGCCAUUCUGCUGUCACACAGGUUGAUAUUAAUUUGUAUCCACCAAUCCUGAAUCUGAAUGAUCUACAAAUCAGGAUUAUCUCUAGCUGCUACAGAAGUAUAUGUUCUUCAGACACACUGUUUAAUGGAUUGUGUUUAUUAUUAGCUAUAUUUGAUAGCUUACUAAGGAUAUGAUUUCCAGAUCAAUAAUCACAUAGUAUACGCUAUCCAGAGGAGAAUGGAUAAAUUUUGGGAUGGUGGACAUUUUGAUUCAAGGUCUUAAACAUGAGUAAAACAGACAAUUUGUAUAUGUGAUUAGACUCUGACAGAAAAACAAUAUCUGACUGUAGAGAAGAAUGCAUUAUUAUGUUUCUUCUGUAGAGAACACAUUAUAUGUGUCUACUCUUGAGCAUAUAUAAUAAUGUGUCUACUCUUGAGCAUAUAUUAUAAUGUGUCUACUUUUGGGCAUACAUUAUAAUGUGUCUACUUUUGAGCAUAUAUUAUAAUGUGUCUACUUUUGGGCAUACAUUAUAAUGUGUCUACUUUUGAGCAUACAUUACAAUGUGUCUACUUUUGGGCAUACAUUAUAAUGUGUCUACUUUUGAGCAUACAUUAUAAUAUAUCUACUUUUGAGCAUACAUUAAGAUGUGUCUACUGUAGAGCAUAUAUCAUAAUGUGUUUACUCUUGAGCAUACAUUAUACCAUGUUUACUUAUGAACAUAUAUUUUAAUUUGUCUGCUGUAGAGCAUACAUUAUAAUAUGUCCAUGAUUCUCCAUGACUCCAUUGUUUGAAAGACAUGUAAAAACACAAACACACUUGUGAAAUAGUAAAAGGACAACUCAGCUUUCAAACAUAUCCUGAUGUGUUUACAUGAUACAUCUAUCACAGUUAUAUUUUAGCAUGAUUUUCAUAAUUGUUCAGCAGAAUUAAUUGCCAUAUUUUUUACUUCCCCUUUGAUAGCCAUUUUACUUCAUCUAGAAAUGAUUUAGAUGAUUUUUAGGUAACACUUUUCUGUGUUAUACAUCAGGGGAAUUUGGAGAUCUGUGUCUUGCCAUUAUAGCUUCUAUGAACAUGUUCUGUUUGGCUGCUUAGGUAGAUAACCAGAUGAUAUAAUACUAUGAUUGUACUGUGAGAUGCAUUUGUCAUACUUCAUUCUACAUUGUAUACUGAAACAAAGUCGGAGAACACAAGUAUUUGAGUGUUCUAAACUUGUUUUGUGCAGUGUACAAUGUUGUAUUUUGUUGUGCAGUAUUGUACUGAAAUGAAUCAUUUUACAAAUACUUUAGAAUGUUUCCUAAUGUACUAAAGAUUACUCCAUCUUGUUGUUAUUACAUGCUGAGCUGAUGCGAACGUUUUAUAGUAGCUCCCUUCACCAUGUUCAUUAGUGCUAUGAGUAAUGAUUAGAUGUUUUCUUAAAGAUAUCUUCAUCAGGUCAUACAUCCUAAAACCUAUGGACGGUGUGGGUAGCCUAGUGGUUAAAGCGUUCGCUCGUCACGUCGAAGACCCAGGUUCGAUUCCCCACAUGGGCACAAUGUGUGAAGCCCAUUUGUGGUGUCCCUGAUAUUGCGGGAAUAUUGCAUAAAACUAAACUCACUCACUCCUAAAACCUAUACUGAACAGUUUUAUUAAACCUCACUUCAUCAUGUUUUUAAAUGCUAGAACCUAUACUGAACAGUUUUAUUAACGCUCACUUCAUGUUUUUAAAUGCUAAAACCUAUAUGGUUUUAACAAGGCUUACUUUAUCAUGUUCAUAUUUGCAAAGGCAAAUGCUAAACAGUUGUGCUAAAGCUCACUCAUCAUGUUCAUAUAGAUAUAGAUUUGUAUAUAUGAGAAAACGUAUGCUGAACAGUUAUGUUAAAGGUCAAUUCAUGUUCAUAUAUGCUAAUGCUUAUGCUAAACAAUGAUGCUAAAGCUUAGUCUGUCAUGUACAGAAAGGCUUGAGGGUAGGGAGGGUCCAGUUGUCAAGGAUGCCACAUGCUGAGCAGAGUUAUGUACCUUUGCCACAUCAGGAACAUAUAUGCUGAAGCUUAUGUUAAACCCAACUUACUCAUAUAUGCUAAACUUUAGGUUAAAUCCAGCUCACUCACAUAUGCUACAGCUUAUGUUAAACCCAACUUACUCAUAUAUGCUAAACUUUAGGUUAAAUCCAGCUCACUCACAUAUGCUACAGCUUAAGUUAAUCCCAACUUACUCAUAUAUGCUAAACUAAGUUUUGUUAAAGCUUACUUCAUCAUGCUCAUAUAUGCUAAGGUUAGUGCUAUGCUCACAUCAUCGUUUUACAUGCUAAAACUCUUACCAAAGAGUUAUGGUAAAGAUCAUUUUAUUUUCAUUUGUAUUAAAUCUUAUGCUAAACAGUUAUGUUAAAGCUCACUUCAUCAUGCUAAUAUACACUAAAGC